GUUCGCAUACUGAUCGAUAAGACGAAUCGUUUGUUAUUCAGACGCCGAUAUCGGCCAAGGGGACGUCUGAGUAUAUAAGUUGUUCGUUUUCUUUUCGAAUUAUCAGUAUCACGAUGAAAUCCGUAGUAGCACUUCUUUGCUUGGCAACCGUCGCCCUCGCCAACGAAAAGGCGUUCUUCUUCUUCACCGCCCCUCGUGUCGUCGAGGAGGUGAGCGUCGAACAGGUGACUUCCGACGUGAUGGCCAAGCUGAAGGACGCUCAGGGCUCGGACACGGGCGUCUACCACGUCUACUUGCCGGACGGACGUUUGCAGAAGGUCGAGUACACGACUGCACCCCUCGAAGCACAGCCCAAGAAGGAGACCGAACAGCCCAAGAAGCCUUUCUUCCCGGUCUUCAAGACUGUCGCUCUCCCCACACCCGCGGACGACAUGAAAGACAACAAGGAAAGUGAAAACUACAAAAGCGAAUCUCCUGCCACAGGCUAUGUAGCUAGCGUUACAUACACCGACGUGGAGCCGCUCCAGGGCCCGGUCUACGUCUACAACCCCAAACCAGCUGUCAGAACCGUAAGAUACGCUCCUCAAUACCAGUAAAAUUUCAAUUUCAAGAAAACAGCUUCUAUGUGCUUAUUUAUAAUCCACACUAUAAUUUAAAAAUAC